UAGGCAGCACAAAGAGAGCCAGGAGAUACAGCCAGCUGGAGCAUCGCCGUUUCCUGAACAAACAGCCUCAUCACAGACAGACUGAUCAACAAGACCCAUCGGAGGCGAUACAUCAGAUCUUCCCACAGCCAAGAUGAUGCCAAUCUGUACCGUCGUGGAGAAGCGUAAUGGUGUGGUGGUUGGAGCUGAGCUGGCCUGCACCGUACGGGAGGAGAACAAGGCUCAGAGGGAGAGCUACAGUGCUGACUGGCAUAGCGUCAGUCUCAAGACUCAACCUCAGGACAGGCAGACAAUGAACAUGAAUGACACCUCUCGUAGGGAGACUCUUUCCCGGCAGUGGCAGGCCCGUUCACUGACACAGACCUGUCCCUCUGGUGUCUUCAGAGUGGGCACCGUGGAAAGAGGGGUGAGGGAGCACCAGCUGCUGCCAAAGAGACGCACGCUCCCUCUGCCCAUCUUCAUCCCUGCAGAACUUGGUGUCAGGCUCGGACGAGGAGCCCCGCACACCGAGGAGGACCUGCGGCCCUUCCCCAAACCAGACGGAGCCUGUCCCGACAAGAAGACUGUGGACGAGAUCACGAGGGACCUACCCCCGGUCAAGCCAACCCUCAUGGAGUUCGCCAAACCCCAAGCCCUGGGUCGUUCCAUGUCCCAAGAGGCCCAGAGAGGGUGAAAAACAAAAACGAAGAGGGUGAAAGGACUAAGCAGAGUGUGUCAGGAAAAGAGCAUGACAAGGUGUAUAUAGAUUUAUCUGCAGUGACAUCCAGCAAAAUAUAUAAAUUCUGUAGAUCUUUAGCACUAUCUGUGUUCCUUAGUGAGCACAGCACCAGGUAAAUGUCACACUUUGUCAUUGUUUUUGAUGAGUGGUAUAGAAAUGGUUAUUUGAAGGCAUCGUGAUGGAGAUGCAGGGUGUGUGUUCUCAGCUAAUCUCUGCCUGUUCUGGCCAGCUGUUCUCACAACGUCUGCUGAUCUCUCAGCGGAAUCACUUUCGCCUUUAUUUUUAUUACAUACUGCAAAUGUGCUUGUAAGGUAAAUGCACGUGUUCUUAAGGUAAUCAGAUUUGAUGAAUGUUGGAAUCCGCGCAAAGGCAUUGUAAAAGGCGUGCAAUGACGCAGCGCGUGGCAGUGAUGGAAAACGAUGUGCCAAAGGAAGUUACAGGUUUUAAAAUGUAAAGAGGGACGGAAAGAAAGAGGGAGAGUCAGAGGGGGAGAGGAGGGGUGAAGAGUCGGGGGAACAUGCUGUGGAGCUGGUCAGCUUCCAGGCCUCCGCAAGCCCUUGACAGUCUCUGAUCUCUGUGAAGAGUACAGAAUGCUCUGGCGUAAUCACACACGGCAGCUGUACAUAUGUGAGAGCGUGUGUUUCCCUCUUUGUGUGUGUGUGUGUGUGUGCCAGCUGACACCAAAUGAGAAACUUAGCGAAACUAAUAAACUGUUCUUUACUGAGUAUUAACUGAUCUGCCUCCUUAGCCGAGUGGCAGCUCAUAUAUCUUCAUGUCUGCUAAAGAAAGACUCUGUAUUAUCCGAGAAUACGUGGUGUUGUAUAUGAAUAUGAAAUGUGUGCAAUAACUUCAAAAUGUUUUUUCCUAGAUAUUUAUUUUUACUAAUAAAACAUGAGCUGCUUCUCA